AUGUACUCCAUAGGCUCAGUCUUCAUUGUCAAUAGAGACUCACAAGUAACUGGCUACUUUCUGCAGGACCUCGAAGUCCACGUGUUUUGGGAGGAGCCAUCGCCUGGUCUCCCCAACGGAACUGUGUGCGCCACCCAUAUACCUCCUAUGGGCGUAACUGCCACACUGCAGUGUGAGGCCCCCGUAAUAGGAAGGUAUCUUAGAAUCUACAGACGAUCAAGUGAAACGGUUGGAAUGCCGAAACUGGUCUUCUGUGAAGUGGAAGUAUAUGGACGCCGAGUAGCAACAUGUGGAGUAAUCACCUUCAAGACCAGUCAAGGAAAGCAAGCAAUCUGUGACAAAACUGAAGUGCAUUACAACUUAUCUGUAAUUUCGUGUUCCAUAUUGUGUCUACAGUCGAGAGUUUGCAUGGCUUACAACUACGUCAGGCAAACCCCUGUGUGUGAACUCAUCUACGAUAUAUCAGUCAUAGAUCGCUUUGAAGCAAGUGCAAUUGGAGAUUUCUAUGAACUUAUAUCCGAAUGAAACCACCCAACAAGCAGCAUCCGGCAAGGCAAGAACUGCUUAACUUAAUUUACAGAUGUUCAUAGGCAUGCUGUAUUGGU